AUGAACGUUGGCUCUAUUCUCAACAACGAUUCGCCUCCGAGCGAUCACGAGCAGGAAAUUCUGCCGACCCAAUCGGUCCAUCAACGGCACUCUAUCGUCAACAUUUUGAACGAUCCUCCUCCGGAACCGGAACGUCAGACUUCAUUUGUCAAGCCGGUGCCAGCUCCAUCAGCUCAUUUAGCAACUUCUAUUAAGAGUAAUUCGAUAGCUAACAUCACCAAUGAUCGAGAUGUAGACAUUUCCACUGGAAGAGAGUCUACGAUCAAUGUCAGCCGCACAUCUAAUAACGACCCCGCCAGUAAACAAGAUGUAGACGAGUUGACAAGAAUCAAACAGCUCAGAAAAUCAAGAAAACCAAAAAGGUACACAGUUCCUCCUAUCUGGGCACAGGAAUGGAUUCCUCCUAACAGAGCCCAUUUGAUCGAUAGCUCUGAUAUCGGGAACCAGAAUGGCCAGAGUGUGCGGACGACGCUUUCCGACAAGCCCGUGUUCGACUAUACAUCAACUAGAAGUGUGGAUUUACAGUGUAGUAUAACUGGAGUAAUUCCUCCACCUUCUUUGACUAGGACCAUGGCAGAAUGGAUAUUUGCCAACUUCUCCAACAUCGAAGAAAGAAACAGAAAGUACGUAGAGUUGGAGCUCAAGUUCGGUAAAAUCGUAGACAAGAGAACGGGCAACCGGAUCAACCUCAGUGUGAUUACUGAGUGUAUCUUCACGGAUCAUUCGAGUGUCCAUUUUGACAUGCAAGUAGAAGAAAUAGCCUGGAAUGAAAUCCGCAAGUUCUUUGAGGAAUUGGAGAAAAGCUACCAGGAAGAUACUCGUGGACAAGCUCGUGAAAGGCCCAGGCGAAAGUUCAAUAUGCUUGACACCGAUAUCACUGACUCCAUCUACCAGGUAGGAGGCAAAGGUGAACAUAUACGGAGAAUUCGAAUUUCUAAAGAUAACAGCUUGAACCCUCCACGGUAUACGGCGAUUGAAAAGACCAGAGUUGCAGAUAUGUAUAUCCAUAAUCCGUCGAAUAUGUACGACUUGCGGUUGUCUUUGUCGCUUGAAUUGCCUGUUCCGGAAGGAAACAUCGAGGGCAUCAUGGCCAAGAACAAGCCAUCGAUAGUGCGAGAAAAAAAGAGAAAUACAUGGACCCAUUCUCCUACCAUCACCCAGUUUGACUUGACCAGAGUUUUGGUACCGAGAGAGGCCAAGAACAAGCAUGGCAAGAAGAUUACCAACCAUGACAUCAACUUCGAGGUGGAGAUGGAAAUCGACACGCUUGAGGUGUUCAAUGCCAUCGACAAAAUCACUCUGGGCACAGACACCUUCCGGUUGGAAGAGUUGGUUGAGGUAUUUGUGAAUAAUGCUCGAGUGUUGAACAAUAGAGUCACCAAGUUGGCACUUCCAUAGUGAAAGUGUGUAAUAUAUACUUGUAUUAUAAAUGAAGAAAAGACCAAGAAGAGCCAGAAUAAUGUAUGCUGUGUUGUGU